AUGCAAGGGUCUUAUAAAAAUAAUGGGUUACCGCGUCCUUACUAUAUGAAGCCUGUCAAGGGUAAGGGAAAGAAGGGAUCUCCUUAUGAGUCGAUGCAGUCCAACUAUUUUUCAACGCCUAAGAAAAAGAUUAUUGGGUACUUGUUUAUGCUUUGUUUCUUUAGCUUGAGUUUCUAUUGGUUGGGUCAGCUGAUGCGAGCCGCUCCUGAUGCUGAGUAUGACAUUGACAUCGGACAGGCAUCAACCAAAGUUGGAAUCAACAACAUUUUAGGUGUGGUUGAAAAUGACAAGGAUUCCAGCAAUCUUGGUUUGGCAGGAAAUUUGGCUGUGGGCAGCAAAGGGGACGUGGGGAUUGGUGUGAAUGAGGCCCCCAAAGGUGGUAUGGCCAAUGAGGCCCCAGUGGUGGGGAAUGAUGAAGAUGAGGUAAUUGAAGGUAAAAAGAAGCAAAAGCCGGUGGAUGAUCAUUUAGUGGACGAAGAUCUGAUUCUUAAGGAUGAGUAG